AUGACUAAAAAAGGCAACGUUGCAAUUCAAGACGAAAUCAACAACAAUGAAGAUUGGAAAAACAUGUUAGAAAAACCUGGAAUUUAUGGUAAUGAAGAAAAAUAUUUGAAAAUAAUUAACCGUAUAUCUAUAUAUUAUUAUUUCUUAUUAUAGUCGUUGACAUAUAUACAGAUUGGUGCGGUCCUUGUGUGCCAAUGGUUGUAUUUUUAAGAAAAAUUAAAUUGGAAUUAAACAACGAAAAUUUACAUUUCGCUAUUGUAAUUAUUUUAUGUAUAGAUCAUAACGUGUGUUUAUUUAGAUAGAUAGUAUUAUGAGCUAAGACUAUCAUGAAUAUGACAAACUAUAUAAGUAUCUUUAGUUUCAGGGAGAAGGGAUUAAGUCAAUUUUUAAAAUUUGUUUUAUUAUUUUUCUCUAAUGUUAUUUGUUGGUCUAAAUUGCAUAAGUGUAUUGUUUUUUUUCAAAAUUAGUGUAUGUAGUUUAUAAGGCAGUGAGUAUCUUAGAAUAUGUGUUAGAACGAUGAUUUUUCUACACUCUUCGAAUUUCUCUUUGAGACUACCCGAGUCUUUUAGGUUUUAAUUAUUAUUCUAAACAACAUUCUUUCCAUAGCCAUUUAAACUCUAAAACAUUUAAUUAUUAUUUAAUUAAGUUAUUUAUUUCAACCAUUCAAGGUAAUUUAUUUUCUUUUUUUAAGUUCCUUUAGAGCCAGCUGUUUCAAAUUCUAGAUGAUCCUUUAUUGUGUUGUAUUUCUGUUUUUUGUUUCAUGAUAAUUUGAGUUCUAUCAAUCUCUUCUUUCUUAUAUAAUUUGUCUAUAUAUUAAUUCUAGGUUAAUUAACUUAACUUUUACUUAAUUGUAAUAUUAUGAAUAAUUUAAUGAAGAUAGUAAAAUUAAAAAGUAAAAAAAAAAAACUCAAAGUAAAAUCAAUAAAUCCCUCACUACGUUCAAAAUCUAAAAAUAAUAAUAACCACCAGUGGGCGUACAACGAAAUAAAAUACAACUAAAUUUUUUAGUAUAUUUUUAAACUGAAAAUCGUGACCAUUUAAAUUCGAGAGAAAAUUACGAUAUUUAUUAUUUGUUGAUACGCAGAUGCAAUAAAUCACAUGUUCUAUUGAAAAUUCGAAAUAAUGUUUUUUCAGAGAAUAUCGUUGUAUGAAAAGUUUUUUAAAAAAGAGCAAAAAAUGAUUUAAAAUGUAUAUGAGACUAGAACCUAAGACGGCUGGUUUUUCUUAUCAAUGCUAUUGUGUCAAUAAAUUCAGCGAUCGAGAGCUUUUUUUUAGCAUAUUUAAUUAGAAAUAUAGAUUCGAACACGAGUGUAUUAACGAGAUAUUUUUUUUUGGAUUUACGGGGAUAUUGGUAUAUCCUUGUAAUUAAACCUUAGUAAAAGUACUUUUGGACAAAUUAUUGGUCAUUACUGAAAGGGCUUGUCUAGAAGUUAAAAUUAAAACGAAACAGUGUGUAGGCGGUACGUGAGAGUUAUUAACUUCCCUUAAUAAUUUAUAUAGCAAUUUCAUUGAAAUACAAAUACAAAUUUAAACUACUAUUGUAGUGUAAGUACAUUGUAAUGUGUAAUGUGCCGUGCCCGGUGCCUGCGGUUAGAUUCCAAAAGGGCCAUGAGUUUCGUUGGAUAGUGGUUAAAUAGUCACCCACCCGACUGCGACUGAACCCGUGAGAAAGACUGUAGGUGAAUUGGGUAGUGAUUGCUGGGGAUGUGCUUGUCAUGCCUUGUGACCCAUAAGUAGCUACUAUAGCUAAGACACGGUCAGUAAUUCUACCGUGCUCUUGAACAGAUUAAAAUUGGAUCUACUGUAGUGUAAGUACAAAAAUGGUAUUAAAAUAUGGUGUAGGUACCUAUUAUAUAGUUCUAUAUAAUAUGUAGUACUAAAUAAUAAUUACUUUUUAUUUAAUUAAAUGUAAAAUAAGUAUAUUGCUUUUUUUUCCAUUUGCUUUUUUUCAAUUUGUUUUUUUUUCAUUUACUCUUUUUUAGUUGCUUUUUUACGUUGCUUUUUUCUCACUUGCUUUUUUCCCUAACACUUAUACAUUUAAAAAUGUUGGUUUCCAAAGCCAAUGGUUUUGAAAUUUAUUUACCUAUUCAUAUUUUUUUAGAUUCUGAGCAAAAAUAGGUAUGUACUUAUUUGUUAAUGGUUAUACUAUAGCGUGUGCAAUUUUUUUUUCUGUCUGUUACAAAUUUUCUACCAGAAAUCUUACUCUAACAAAAUAUUACAGGAAAGCUUUUUGCAGCAUUUUAGAUUUAGUUCGUGCAUUGGGGAGUUAUUUUUUUUUUCCAAAAAGUUCAGUUUUUAUAAUAGAAAAACCAAAAAUACAAAUUGUUUUUGGUAAUCGAUGAAAAGAACGUAUGGCUCCUUACUUACGUAUAACUCCCAUACUUUUUGGAGUGUUCUGCCCUUGGAAGUUAUAUCAAUAGGUAUUAAAACGUAUUUUCAUUUAUUUUUUAUAUCGUCUAGCCAUGUUUGUCUCGCCAACUUUCUUUUUAAAAUUGCUUCCUCAGUUCUUCACAUAUUGUCUUGAACCACAGUUUGGUAACAUUCAUUUUAUUUCUUGAGUUUGUAUUAAUAACUUCUUUACAGUUUCUCUUAACUCCUUUUCCUUAACUCCUUUUUAAAAGCCACAUUUCAUCUGGCUCUCGGUGAACUGUAAUUACUUUAAAUUUCAAAGUCUGUUCGAUCUUAUUUUUAUAUGUCUUGUCCAUAUUAUCAUUCUUCAGUUCAUCAAUAUUAUACUUUAGUAGCCUAUUUACAAGUUUUUAUUUAUUCAUCCUCCUUAACUUCAAUUUUAUCCAUAGGUAUAACCAUUAAUAAAUGACCAAAGUUCAUAUCUGCUCCACGAAGUGGUAUUAUGUUGGUAAUGCAGUUUUUAAAUUUAUAAUUGGUUAACACGUGGUUAAUUUGGUUUAUAUGUUUUCUGUCCAGUGAUAGCUAUGUGUACUUGUAAAUGUCUUAACAUAAAAACAUAGUGUUUUAUUUAUACUAAGUCCUUUUCCUAUUGCAAAAUUUGUUAGUAUUUUAUCAUUAUUUUGGUUAGGUUACCUAAUCUACCACUACACACAUCAGUGGCACAUUUUUGAGCAUUAUCAACUUUUUUUUUGUUACCAAUAAUUUAACUUAUGUUUAUAUUAUAAUAAUUUGUUGACAUAAAAUAAAGUAGGAAAACAUUUUUUUAGUUUGAAAAAUAUAAAAAAAUACCCCUAUUCCUUCAUGGUUGUGAUAACACUACACAUUCAUCACUCUCAGAAUAAUACAGGGAUGAUAUUGCGAUCCUUGCUUUGCCAUUUUGUGCCACUUUUAGCCUUAAUUUAAAAUUUAGUCCAUUAAUUGUUCAGUAGUGGAUCCAGGGGUGGGAAAAUAAUGUCAUUUCCUCCCCCAAACAUCGUAUUAUAGUAUACUACCUAAAUGUAUGUAGGUAUGCUUUUUUCCCGUAUUAUAUUAUGGUAAAAUAUACAUCAAUUCACAUUGUUGUAAAUGAUUUUGUACUCCAAAAUCAGGGCCCGACAAUGUGGGUAUUAAUGAAGUUGUUAAUUUAUUUCACUAAUUUGUUUUAAAUAGGCUAAGUCAGACGAAAUAUCAGCAUUAGAAAGGUUUCGCCAAAAAAGUGAACCUCAUUGGAUGUUUCUUUUUGUAAGUUAUUUUUUAUUCACAAUAGUAUGAAAUCGUUGAGGUAUUAAUUUUUUUUUAAUAACGUUAAUAAUGUUUAUUUAUUGUUAUAAGGAUGGGAAAUUAGUUAAUCUAAUUAUUGAUACCAAUGGGCCUAAAUUAUUAAAAAUAAUAACAGAUGAAGUAGAAAAGUACGAAAAGUUUAAGAGAGGAGAAAUCGAAAUAACGUUUGUAAGUAAUUAGUACCUUUUAGAAUUCUGCACGAUCCGGUUUUUUAAAGCCCGCAUCAUACCAGUGAAAUCAAACUAAGACUAGGACCGAACCGGACUAAUGAAAGUAAUCAUGGGACUGGACUAGACCGUACUGGACUGGAUUGCAUCUGA